AUGAGCGAGCUCAACACCCAAGCGUCCCCAGCAGCCAGCCAGGCCCCCGGCCCCGAGGAGAAGGGGGAAGCUGGCAACACCAAGAAGGCUGAGGGGGAGGAGGAGGAGGAGGUGGACAUCGACCUGUCAGCGCCAGAGACGGAGAAAGCUGCCCUGGCCAUUCAGGGCAAGUUCCGGCGAUUCCAGAAGAGGAAAAAGGACCCCAGCUCCUGA